AUGUUCCAGACCGAUAUGGUUGAGAUAAUCAUCCCAUGUGGAACUACAAAUGACAAGAAAAGAAUUGAUCAACACUAUGCCACUGAGAGCUUUUCCUCUUUUGGAAAUGUUUGCAUGACGCAGCUCGGUCUAUUGGUCGAUUCGCUCAGUACCCUGUUCAAAAAGUGGCUGGUAGUAUCCAGCUUUUUAGUCGUGUCUCAGCCUUGUUGUGAUGAGGACGGCUUUCUUGCAUAUGUUGCGGGAAGGAUGGGGCUUGCCUUGCAUGACAGACCCGUUUUCUUUGUUAUUAGCGGUGAGAUGACCAACGAGAUCGAUAUAGCUUUGAUGGGUAUGGAGUGGAAGGUCUGUGUAACCCACAACGUGCAAGUCGAUAGUGAUUUGUGCUGGUGGAAAAUAGCUCAAGAUCGCGUAAUUGUAGUCCAUCAUCAUCAGGGUUCCCCUCAUGAGCUGCAUAAUAUUUGA